AUGCAACUCUCUUGGAAAGACAUUCCUACUGUGCCUCCGGCCAACGAUAUGUUGGAUAUUGUGUUGAACAGGACACAAAGAAAGACACCAACUGUUAUUAGACCUGGGUUCAAGAUCACUCGUAUCAGAGCUUUCUACAUGAGAAAGGUGAAGUUCACCGGUGAAGGUUUUGUGGAGAAGUUUGAAGAUAUAUUGAAAGGUUUCCCAAACAUCAAUGAUGUGCAUCCUUUCCACAGAGAUUUGAUGGACACUUUGUAUGAAAAGAACCAUUACAAGGUUUCUCUAGCUGCUGUCAGCCGUGCCAAGUCUUUAGUUGAACAAGUCGAAAGAGAUUACACCAGAUUAUUGAAGUUUGGUCAAUCCCUUUUCCAAUGUAAGCAACUUAAGAGAGCUGCUUUGGGUAGAAUGGCUACCAUUGUCAAGAAAUUAAAGGAUCCUUUACUUUACUUAGAACAAGUCAGACAACAUUUGGGUAGAUUGCCAUCUAUUGAUCCAAACACUAGAACUUUAUUGAUCUGUGGUUAUCCAAAUGUUGGUAAGUCCUCUUUCUUGAGAUGUAUCACUAAGGCUGAUGUCGAAGUUCAACCUUAUGCCUUUACCACUAAGUCUCUCUACGUUGGUCACUUUGAUUACAAGUAUUUGAGAUUCCAGGCUAUCGAUACCCCAGGUAUUUUGGAUAGACCAACCGACGAAAUGAACAAUGUCGAAAUGCAAUCUAUCUAUGCAAUUGCUCAUUUAAGAUCCACUGUUCUAUAUUUCAUGGAUUUAUCUGAACAGUGUGGUUUCACUGUUGAAGCUCAGAUUAAAUUAUUCCAUUCCAUCAAACCACUAUUUGCUAACAAAUCUGUUAUGGUCGUCAUAAAUAAGACUGAUAUUAUCAGACCUGAAGAUUUGGAUGAAGAACGUAAGAAGUUACUUGACACUGUUUUGGAACUACCAGGUGUCGAAAUCAUGACCACUUCUUGUCACGAAGAAGACAACGUUAUGGCUGUCAGGAACAAGGCCUGUGAAAAAUUGUUGGCUUCUAGAAUUGAAAACAAGCUAAAAUCUCAAGCUAGAAUUAACAACGUCUUGAACAAAAUCCACGUUGCUCAACCUCAAAAGCGUGAUGAUGGUGUUGACAGAACUCCAUAUAUUCCCGAGGCGAUUGCUAACAUGAAGAAAUAUGAUCCAGAAGAUCCAAACAGAAGAAAAUUGGCCAAGGACAUCGAAAUCGAAAACGGUGGUGCUGGUGUGUUUAACAUCAACUUGAAGGAAAAAUACCUAUUAGAAGAUGAAGAUUGGAAGAAUGAUGUCAUGCCAGAAAUUAUGGAUGGUAAGAACGUUUAUGAUUACUUAGACCCAGAUAUCGCAAGUAAAUUGCAAGCUCUUGAAGAAGAGGAAGAAAGACUUGAAGCUGAAGGUUUCUAUGAGUCUGACGAAGAAGAAACUUUUGAAGGAUUUGAAGCUGACGAAAUUGCUGAAAUAAGGGAAAAGGCUGAAUGGAUCAGAGAUAGACAAAAGAAGAUGAUCAAUGCUUCCAGAAACAGAAAGGCAUUAAAGAACCGUGGUACUAUGCCUCGUUCAAAAUUGGCCAAGUCCUACGUGGAUAUGGAAAAACACAUGUCUUCCUUAGGUCAUGACAUGACUGCUCUACAAGACAAGCAAAGAAUUGCAGCAGAGAAGAAUAGAUACCAGGAAUCUGGUGCUGAUGUUGUAUAUGGUGGACAAGAAGAUUCUGUUCCUGCAGGUAAACUAAGACAAACUGACAGAUUGACAGACGGUGUUGCUGAUGGUUCAAUGAGAUCCAAGGCUGAGAGAAUGGCGAAAAUACAAAGAAGAGAAAGAAAUAGAAUGGCCAGAGCCGGUGAAGCUGAUAGACAUGCUACUGCUUCUCUACCUAAGCACUUGUUCUCUGGUAAACGUGGUGUUGGUAAAACUGAUUUCCGUUGA